AUGGCCGCCCUUGGCUGUGAUAUGGAUGAACCGCCCUGCGGAUGCACAGGACCGUGCCUGGUUCUGUACCGGGACGGCGCACAACUACCCAAAAAACCGCGCCAUGACCGCGAGCUUCACUUGCUGCUUCCGCCAUCACUGGUCCCUCCCGUCAGUCACUUGCUGCCGCCGCCAUCACUGAUCCCUCCCGUCAGUCACUUGCUGCUGCCGCCAUCACUGAUCCCUCCCGUCAGUCACUUGCUGCCGCCGCCAUCACUGAUUCCUCCCGUCAGUCACUUGCUGCUUCCGCCAUCACUGAUCCCUCCCGUCAGUCACUUGCUGCCGCCGCCAUCACUGGUCCCUCCCGUCAGUCACUUGCUGCCGCCGCCAUCACUGAUCCCUCCCGUCAGUCACUUGCUGCUGCCGCCAUCACUGAUCCCUCCCGACAGUGACUUGCUGCCGCCGCCAUCACUGAUCCCUCCCGUCAGUCACUUGCUGCCGUCGCCAUCACUGAUCCCUCCCGUCAAUCACUUGCUGCUGCCGCCAUCACUGAUCCCUCCCUCACUUGCUGCCGCCGCCAUCACUGAUCCCUCCCGUCAGUCACUUGCUGCUUCCGCCAUCACUGAUGCCUCCCGUCAGUCACUUGCUGCUUCCGCCAUCACUGAUCCCUCCCGUCAGUCACUUGCUGCUUCCGCCAUCACUGAUUCCUCCCGUCAGUCACUUGCUGCCGCCGCCAUCACUGAUCCCUCCCGUCAGUCACUUGCUGCUUCCGCCAUCACUAAUCCCUCCCGUCAGUCACUUGCUGCUUCCACCAUCACUGAUCCCUCCCGUCAGUCACUUGCUGCCGCCACCAUCACUGAUUCCUCCCGUCAGUCACUUGCUGCUUCCGCCAUCACUGAUUCCUCCCGUCAGUCACUUGCUGCUUCCGCCAUCACUGUUCUCUCCCGUCAGUCACUUGCUGCUUCCGCCAUCACUGAUUCCUCCCGUCAGUCACUUGCUGCCGCCGCCAUCACUGAUCCCUCCCGUCAGUCACUUGUUGCUUCCGCCAUCACUGAUCCCUCCCGUCAGUCACUUGUUGCUUCCGCCAUCACUGAUUCCUCCCGUCAGUCACUUGCUGCUUCCGCCAUCACUGAUUCCUCCCGUCAGUCACUUGCUGCUUCCGCCAUCACUGAUCCCUCCCGUCAGUCACUUGUUGCUUCCGCCAUCACUGAUCCCUCCCGUCAGUCACUUGCUGCUUCCGCCAUCACUGAUCCCUCCCGUCAGUCACUUACUGCCGUCGCCAUCACUGAUCCCUCCCGUCAGUCACUUGCUGCCACCGCCAUCACUGAUGCCUCCCGUCAGUCACUUGCUGCUUCCGCCAUCACUGAUCCCUCCCGUCAGUCACUUGCUGCUUCCGACAUCACUGAUUCCUCCCGUCAGUCACUUGUUGCUUCCGCCAUCACUGAUCCCUCCCGUCAGUCACUUGCUGCUUCGCCAUCACUGAUCCCUCCCGUCAGUCACUUGCUGCCGUCGCCAUCACUGAUCCCUCCCGUCAGUCACUUGCUGCCGUCGCCAUCACUGAUCCCUCCCGUCAGUCACUUGCUGCUUCCGCCAUCACUGAUCCCUCCCGUCAGUCACUUGCUGCUUCCGACAUCACUGAUUCCUCCCGUCAGUCACUUGUUGCUUCCGCCAUCACUGAUCCCUCCCGUCAGUCACUUGCUGCUUCCGCCAUCACUGAUCCCUCCCGUCAGUCACUUGCUGCCGUCGCCAUCACUGAUCCCUCCCGUCAGUCACUUGCUGCUUCCGCCAUCACUGAUCCCUCCCGUCAGUCACUUGUUGCUUCCGCCAUCACUGAUCCCUCCCGUCAGUCACUUGCUGCCGCCACCAUCACUGAUCCCUCCCGUCAGUCACUUGCUGCUUCCGCCAUCACUGAUUCCUCCCGUCAGUCACUUGCUGCUUCCGCCAUCACUGUUCUCUCCCUCACUUGCUGCCGUCGCCAUCACUGAUCCCUCCCGUCAGUCACUUGCUGCCGUCGCCAUCACUGAUUCCUCCCGUCAGACACUUGCUGCUUCCGCCAUCACUGAUCCCUCCCGUCAGACACUUGCUGCUUCCGCCAUCACUGAUCCCUCCCGUCAGACACUUGCUGCUUCCGCCAUCACUGAUCCCUCCCGUCAGUCACUUGCUGCUUCCGCCAUCACUGAUCUCUCCUGUCAGUUACUUGCUGCCGCCGCCAUCACUGAUUCCUCCCGUCAGUCACUUGCUGCUUCCGCCAUCACUGAUCCCUCCCGUCAGACACUUGCUGCUUCCGCCAUCACUGAUCCCUCCCGUCAGUCACUUGCUGCUUCCGCCAUCACUGAUCUCUCCUGUCAGUUACUUGCUGCCGCCGCCAUCACUGAUUCCUCCCGUCAGUCACUUGCUGCCGUCGCCAUCACUGAUUCCUCCCGUCAGUCACUUGCUGCUUCCGCCAUCACUGAUCCCUCCCGUCAGUCACUUGCUGCUUCCGCCAUCACUGAUCCCUCCCGUCAGACACUUGCUGCUUCCGCCAUCACUGAUUCCUCCCGUCAGUCACUUGCUGCUUCCGCCAUCACUGAUCCCUCCCGUCAGUCACUUGCUGCCGCCGCCAUCACUGAUCCCUCCUGUCAGUCACUUGCUGCCGCCGCCAUCACUGAUCCCUUCCGUCAGUCACUUGCUGCCGCCGCCAUCACUGAUCCCUCCCGUCAGACACUUGCUGCUUCCGCCAUCACUGAUUCCUCCCGUCAGUCACUUGCUGCUUCCGCCAUCACUGAUCCCUCCCGUCAGUCACUUGCUGCCGCCGCCAUCACUGAUCCCUCCUGUCAGUCACUUGCUGCCGCCGCCAUCACUGAUCCCUUCCGUCAGUCACUUGCUGCUGCCGCCAUCACUGAUCCCUCCCGUCAGUCACUUGCUGCUUCCGCCAUCACUGAUCCCUCCCGUCAGUCACUUGCUGCCGCCGCCAUAACUGAUCCCUCCCGUCAGUCACUUGCUGCCGCCGCCAUCACUAAUCCCUCCCGUCAGUCACUUGCUGCCGCCGCCAUCACUGAUCCCUCCAGUCAGUCUCUUGCUGCCGCCGCCAUCACUGAUCCCUCCCGUCAGUCACUUGCUGCUGCCGCCAUCACUGAUCCCUCCAGUCAGUCUCUUGCUGCCGCCGCCAUCACUGAUCCCUCCCGUCAGUCACUUGCUGCCGCCGCCAUCACUAAUCCCUCCUGUCAGUGA